CAGAAGGAGCAGCAGAAGCAGCAGGCCCACGAGCCCCAGAGCCCCACCUCCUCACUCCACUGCACUCCACUCCACUGCCACUGCACUCCAGUCGACGUGAUUCAACGCAGCUCAAGCCAACCCCACCCCACCUCAUUGUCACUCAUUGUCCUUCACUGUCCUUGUUUCACAUUCGGGUAGCUCAGAUCUCCUUGUCUCCGGUCUAGCAUCCAUCUUGCAUCGAGCGAGUGAAUGAAUGAGUGAGUGAGAGAGAGAGACACAGGCAGAGAGAAAGGUGGUGGUGCUGUCGAGAACAGGAGAACAUUUGUUGGAGCAGAUUUUGGUGGGCUGCUGAUGCGCAGGAAAGGAUCUGGAUAAUAGGCUGGUUUAGGUCGGCUGGCUGGGCUGGGCUGGGCUGGGCUCGGAGGGGAGGGGAGGGGCGGUCGGAUUGAUUGAUUGACUGGGUCUCUGUUAAUCAAUUUACUCGGGUGCGUGAGGGAGGGAGGGAAGGAAGGGCGCCAGGAGCUAGUGAGACAGCCUUGCUGUUCGAAAGUCAUGGGUGGAGGCGAAACAUCGGAUCCGGCUGCCACGAAGCGGGACUUCUCUACAGCUAUUUUAGAGCGCAAGAAAGCACCUAAUCGUCUUGUUGUGGACGAAGCUGUGAACGAUGACAACUCUGUGGUAUCUUUGAACAUGGAAACAAUGGAGAGGUUGCAGCUCUUCAGAGGAGAUACCGUUUUAAUCAAGGGCAAGAAGAGGAAAGACACUGUGUGCAUUGUUCUCGCGGACGAUACUUGUGAUCAACCCAAGAUACGCAUGAACAAAGUGGUGCGCGCCAAUUUACGUGUGAGACUUGGAGACGUGGUGUCCGUUCAUCAGUGUGCAGAUGUGAAGUAUGGCAAACGUAUUCAUGUACUUCCUAUGGAUGACUCCAUCGAUGGUGUCACUGGAAACCUUUUCGAUGCUUACUUGAAGCCUUACUUCUCUGAAGCAUACAGACCAGUUCGCAAAAAUGACCUGUUUUUGGUGCGCGGGGGAAUGCGUAGCGUGGAAUUCAAGGUGGUUGAAACCGAACCUGCGGAAUACUGUAUUGUUGCACCUGACACAGAGAUAUUCUGUGAAGGUGAGCCUAUCAGGCGAGAGGAUGAGGAAAGGCUUGACGAAGUUGGUUACGACGAUGUCGGUGGUGUUCGGAAGCAGAUGGCCCAAAUUCGUGAGCUUGUCGAACUUCCUUUGAGACAUCCUCAACUCUUCAAAUCGAUUGGUGUGAAGCCUCCAAAGGGUAUUCUUCUGUAUGGACCACCGGGAUCCGGUAAAACCUUGAUUGCCAGAGCAGUAGCCAAUGAGACGGGAGCCUUCUUUUUCCUUAUCAAUGGGCCUGAAAUUAUGUCAAAAUUGGCGGGUGAGAGUGAGAGCAACCUGAGAAAGGCCUUCGAAGAAGCUGAGAAGAAUGCGCCCUCCAUCAUUUUUAUCGACGAGAUAGAUUCUAUUGCACCUAAGAGGGAGAAAACUCAAGGUGAAGUUGAGCGUCGCAUUGUUUCGCAACUUCUGACUCUUAUGGACGGUUUGAAGUCAAGAGCGCAUGUCAUAGUGAUGGGUGCCACCAACAGGCCGAACAGUAUUGAUCCUGCCUUGCGGCGCUUUGGACGUUUCGAUAGGGAGAUUGACAUAGGAGUACCUGAUGAAGUCGGUCGUUUGGAGGUCAUACGCAUUCACACCAAGAACAUGAAGCUGGCUGAAGACGUCGAUCUGGAAAAAAUUUCGCACAAUACACACGGCUUUGUGGGGGCAGAUCUUGCUGCAUUGUGCACAGAAGCUGCAUUGCAAUGUAUUCGUGAGAAGAUGGAUGUCAUUGACCUAGAAGAUGAAACAAUCGACGCUGAGGUUCUGAAUUCCAUGGCAGUAACAAAUGAACACUUUCAAACAGCUCUGGGGAUCAGCAACCCAUCUGCACUUCGAGAGACGGUUGUGGAGGUGCCGAAUGUAACUUGGGACGACGUUGGCGGUCUGGACAAUGUCAAAAGAGAGCUACAGGAGACUGUACAAUAUCCUGUGGAGCAUCCGGAGAAGUUUGAGAAGUUUGGCAUGUCUCCGUCUAAAGGUGUUUUAUUUUAUGGACCUCCUGGUUGUGGUAAAACUCUUCUUGCGAAAGCCAUUGCAAAUGAAUGUCAGGCGAAUUUUAUCAGUGUGAAAGGACCGGAGCUUCUGACCAUGUGGUUCGGUGAAAGUGAGGCAAAUGUCCGAGACGUAUUUGACAAAGCUCGACAAUCAGCCCCUUGUGUUCUCUUCUUCGACGAGCUGGACUCAAUAGCUACUCAACGUGGAAGCAGUGUGGGAGAUGCCGGGGGUGCUGCUGACAGGGUCUUGAACCAAAUGCUUACUGAGAUGGAUGGUAUGAACGCAAAGAAGACGGUGUUUAUCAUCGGUGCUACCAAUAGGCCAGAUAUCAUUGACCCAGCUCUCCUCAGACCUGGAAGGUUGGACCAGCUCAUUUACAUUCCUCUGCCUGACGAGGCCUCAAGAUUGAGAAUCUUCCAGGCUGCUUUGAGAAAAAGUCCUCUGGCAAAAGAAGUGGACCUGGAAGCUCUUGCAAGAUACACUCAAGGUUUUAGUGGAGCUGAUAUCACUGAAAUCUGCCAGCGUGCCUGUAAAUACGCCAUUCGAGAAAAUAUUGAGCAGGAUAUUGAGAAGGACAAGAAGCGAGCUGAGAACCCAGAGGCCAUGGAAGAGGAUGAGGUUGAGGAAGUAGCCGAAAUCAAGGCUAGCCAUUUUGAGGAGGCCAUGAAGUUCGCCCGACGUAGUGUUAGCGAUGCAGAUAUCCGGAAAUAUCAAGCGUUUGCUCAAACAUUGCAGCAAUCACGAGGAUUUGGUUCGGAGUUCCGGUUCCCAGAUCGACCUGCUCAAACUGCAGGUGCUCCUGUUGCGGAACCAGCGUUUGCGGCUGCUGAUGAUGAUGAUUUGUAUAACUAAACUCCAUUCAUUGGUCGUCUGGUCUUCGAUCGUAUCUUCGCGACAUGACCAGUGUGUAUGGCAAGACCAGCAACGGUAGUGUGUAAAUUUAUGUUCAUUCGCAGUUUAUAUGCAACCCUCGACUCUGGGGAGCACAUCCUUUGUACUUUUGGAUCAGAUUCAGUCUCGAAUACAGGCAAGGAGAGUUGACACAACUGGUUAAUUAAAAUUUCUGGCUUGUCAUCCAC